CCGAGGAGUCCGUCGUCGUCGUCGUCGCCCGGGAUGGACGAGUCCGGUGAGGCCGAGCUGAACUGGUCCCGUCUCAGCGUGUCCACCGAGACGUUGGAGUCGGAGCUGGAGGCGCGCGGCGAGGAGCGGCGCGGCUCCCGCGAGGCCCUGCUGCGGCUGCUGCUGCCGCACAACCGGCUGGCGUCGCUGCCGCGGGCGCUGGGCAGCGGCUUCCCGCACCUGCAGCUGCUGGACGUGAGCGGCAACGCGCUCACGGCGCUGGGCCCCGAGCUGCUGGCGCUGAGCGGCCUGCGCACGCUGCUGGCCAGGAACAACCGGCUCGGCGGGCCCGGCGCGCUGCCCAAGGGCCUGGCGCAGUCGCCGCUCUGCCGCAGCCUGCAGGUGCUCAACCUGAGCGGCAACUGCUUCCAGGAGGUGCCCGCCGCGCUGCUGGAGCUGCGGGCGCUGCACACGCUCAGCCUGGGCGGCAACCAGCUGCAGAACAUCCCGGCCGAGAUCGAGAAUUUGCAGAGUUUAGAGUGUUUAUACCUUGGAGGAAACUUCAUUAAAGAAAUCCCACCAGAAUUAGCAAAUCUUCCUUCACUGAAUUACUUGGUUUUAUGUGACAACAAAAUCCAAAGUGUGCCUCCUCAACUUUCACAGCUGCAUUCACUUCGUUCCCUCAGUCUCCACAAUAACUUGCUGACAUACCUGCCUCGAGAGAUCCUAAACCUUGUUCAUUUGGAAGAGUUGAGUUUAAGAGGAAAUCCACUGGUGGUUCGUUUUGUUAGAGAUUUGACCUAUGACCCUCCAACUCUGCUGGAAUUAGCUGCACGGACCAUUAAGAUCAGAAAUGUUUCUUACACUCCCUAUGAUCUUCCUGGGAAUCUUCUCAAAUACUUGGGUUCAGCCAUCAAUUGCCCAAACCCAAAAUGUGGAGGAGUGUACUUCGACUGCUGUGUGAGGCAGAUUAAGUUCGUGGACUUCUGCGGCAAGUACCGCCUCCCGCUCAUGCACUACCUGUGCUCGCCCGAGUGCUCCUCGCCCUGCAGCUCCGCCCCGCCCAGCUCCACGUCGCAGAGCGAGUCCGACUCGGAGGACGAGGCCAGCGUCGCCGCCCGCCGCAUGCAGAAAGUGCUUCUGGGUUGAGCAGCAGUGGGGUGUGAACUAUUCAGACAGAAAACGGAGCCAAGAUGACUCAAAGGGGGACCAGCUUGAAGUUGACUGAAACCUUACUGUCUCCCUGCCAGCGCAGGGAGUAACGUGGGGGAUUCUGUGUUUCAGCAGAAACGAGUCCACGCAGUGUUUGCAGUCUUUGCAUAUUACUCACUCAGAUUGGCAGUUCAGACCAGCAGAUUUUAAUUUCUACCCAAGGCUUUUUCUUUUUCUUUUGCUCCCCACAGACUGCAUUCUCUCCCUGCAGGCCUCCCAAAGGAGGGCAGGAACGGUGGUUGAUGGCAUGUGGCACUUGCAGCAGAGCAGCGUAAGGCUCGGGGAGAACGCCGCGCCGCCUCCUGCGGGCUCCGCUGCUCUGCAGUGAAAUUGCCCCAGUGUCGAACUAUAGAAAUGAUCCCCGAAAUCAGUGUAGUCUUUUUUACUCAAGCAUGGCAAAAUGGUAUGUUCUUAAGAACAGUGCUGUGAGAGGCCCUAAGUGUAACAUGUGGCAGUUGAGAUGAAGAAAGUAAGGCGAUUGUCAAAGCUCUACUGUAAUGACGCCAGGGCUGUCCUGGCUCAGCCUGAACACUGUAUGCCCCACGGGUAGAAUAAGGCCCUCACCUCCUGUCUCCCCGUGUCCAGUGCAGGCCUACUCACACAACUCACACGUGUUCCGUGGGACUCAGCCUCUUACCAACGAACGGCGAUAGGAAGGUGUAUAACUUAAGAGGGGUAUUUAGCUUUUCAGCCCUUCGUUCUGUGUGAUUAUUGUAAUCUUAUGCAAUCCAUCAGUGCCUUAGUCCUAGUGAGAAUGCUGAAGCUUACUCAAGAAGCAGUUUCAAAGCAGCUUACAACCUAAUGUACUAUGCAAAAUACUUUAAACCAGGCUUUAGCAGAGCUGAGUCCAUGGCUGCCGUCAUCUUCUGGUUUUGGUUUAACCGUGUCGUGAUCCCUUAUAGGCAGAGCACUUGAUCUAUCUUUAUAUCUUAAAUUCACUGAAUGAGAAAAAUGUCCAGACAUGGUGGUCCAUGCUGUAAUCUUAACACUUGGAGGUAGAGGCAGGAAAGUCAGAAGUUCAAGGGCAGCCACCUAGUUUGUCUGGGGCCAGCCUGGGCUACGUGAGACACAGUCACAAAAAAAGGAGGAAAAAUUGUAGUUAACUGAUAUGUCUCCUGUGCUAGUAUUAUAUACUGAAGUGUGACUCUGUCUACAGCUACUGAAAACCAAGUAUAAUUAGAGAAACAUGAUAGUGAAACCAAGUGUAAUGGUGGUCAUUAUGUUCAUGGGCACAACAGAAUAUAUGCAGUAGAAUGAUUCCUAGAGCUAGCUUAACUGUAGAACACUUUCAGAGUAGUGUAUUGAUAAAAUAGGAAAAAAGCAUUAAGUAUGUUGUAUGCUUAAAGCAUAGGAGAAAAAUGGUUAUACAGAUUACCAUUAGAAAUUCCAAAUUUUUAUUAACUAGUGGGAUAUACAAUUACAAUUAAAUACUAUUGCAACUAUAACUUUAUUAGAAAAUAUAUAUUUUUCUAGUACUUACUAGAUUAACCAGCUAUAAUAUGAAGGCUAUUGAUAGAUGUUAAAUGUAGGGUCUUAGGUAGUAUUAGAAUAUGUGAUGAUCUCUCAAAGGGCACACUUUUUUUUUUUUAACAGCACACUUUCUUAAAAGCCAAUUGUAUUAUAUUUGUGUGUGUUGGGUGUUUUUUUUUGUUUGUUUGUUUAUGUAUGUGAGUUUUUAUUGUAGCGGAAAAUAGAGUAUAGGGUAGUUCAGGGUAUGUCUGUGUUUAUUUGUGUUAAUUCAUGAAACAUGAGAGUUUCAUGACUGCAGUUGUGAAACGCUGCUAUAGUGAACCCCUAACCUUCCCCUUGUAAUAGUGUAGUAAGACGAUUUUUUUUUUGAUUUUUACUUUUUUCAUCUAUCAAUUUGAUCUGUUUCUUGUACUUAACAUGAUAGAAGUAAUAAAGCCUGCGCUUACUUCUUCAAGUGAGCAGCAAGCUACUCAUGUAAAACUAGGACAGAUGACUUAGGCAGUAAGUAUGUGUCAAACUUAAAAUACUUUGUAAUUUAGUAACUUAGUUAAUGUUAUGUACUUUGUAAUUGAGUAAUUUAGCUAAUGAUACACAAAAUAUUUUCACUGGAGGGUUUUACAUGGUUCUACUUCUUGACUGUCCAUGUGACCUUACAGCCUGAGUGAUCUUUGAAGAAUUUAGUCUUUGUAAGGGAAAUUGGUAGGAAUGUAAGUAUAGCAUUUAAUCUAACACAUCUUUUCCUGCUUCCUAGAAAGGAGGUAUAUUGCUUGAUCUUUUACACAUGUAAAUAAUUUCAACCAGAGACAUUUUCUUACCUGUGCCAGGUAGAUGUAUACUAUAGUGUUAGCAAAAUGUUUGUCAUGAUCUUUAUAUGUGUAGGUAAAACAAGUCUCUGUGAGCAUUUCUUAUUUUUUUUAACUUUUUGGGGGGGUGUUGUUGAAGAAGGUGGGUGCUGGGGUAGAACCCAGGGCCUUAGCACAUGCUAGGCAAGCACUCUGCCACUGACCUUCACAGUGCCAACCUAUAAUUAGUAGAUUUUAAUGAAAUCUAUUUUAGCUAUUUUGCCUUCAUUGUUUUAUUUUACUUUUUUUUUUUU